GUCUUAGCAGAAAAGUGCAGCGCCUUUCGCCGUGCCGUCUCCUCUCCUCCGAAGGCUUCCUUCCCCUCUCCGGUGGCGGGGGUGUGAUCUUCCUCCCCUCGCUCUUAUCCGAUUCGGUCGACGCGCGGCCGGUUCUUCUCGGUGACUUCGAGGUGUCGCGACACAUCGAGGUUUAGGAGAGGAUUGUUUAGGGAUGGUAUCGCCCUGUUUCUUGCAUGUUGAUGUCCUGUUUAGAUGAUGCGGAAGGCCGAUGAGGGCAUGCGGUCUUUCUCGGCUGGUUUAUCCUAUGAUGUUGGUGUAGUUCUGAAUUGAUAAGGUCAUCAGUUUGAGGUUUUGGCCUAUUUUACCCACAGCUGAUUGGACUCAUGGAUGGGAACAAAGAUGAGGCCUUGAGGUCUGUCAAGCUUGCAAAAUCUGCAUUUGCAUCUGGGGAUAGGCAGCGUGCAGAAAAAUUAGUUAAAAUUGCUCAAAGAUUGGACCCGAGUCUUCCACUUGAUGAUUUGUUGAGCCCAGUUGAGAAGGUUGGCAUCCUGAACAGUGCUACUUGCAAAGACAAGACUGGAAGAGGCCAAGCUCGUGUAGACCCCAAAACACCAAAAGAAUCUGUUGGUCCUUUAAAUGUUGAUCAGGCUUACACUGAGGAGAAUAUUAGAGUGGUUCAGGAUAUCAGGAAAAAGAAGGAUUACUAUGCAGUUCUUGGUGUAGAGAGAAGAUGCUCUGUGGAGGAAAUUAGGAAGGCCUACAGGAGGUUAUCACUGAAGGUUCAUCCUGACAAGAACAAGGCUCCUGGGUCAGAGGAUGCUUUCAAGUUGGUAAGCAAGGCUUUCAAGUGCCUAAGCAAUGAUCAGUCACGAAGGACUUAUGAUCAGACAGGCACCAUUGAGGACCAUGAAUUCAAUGAGCAAUAUCCCAAUGUCAUGAGGCGGGGAGCUGCUAGGCGGAGGAGGCCAGCAAGAAGUGGCUUCUAUAACUACGAAGAAGAUUUUGAUCCUGAUGAAAUAUUCAGGUCCUUCUUUUAUGGCACCCAUGAUAAUCUGUUCCAUGCUCAGAAUACCUACAGGGCUAGGGGAACAGGCAGGCAACAGCAACAGAGAAGGGAACAUUCAAUGCAGGGUAGUUCCGGCAUAAAUGUAACAGUGUUAAUUCACCUUGUGGUGGUACUGUUCAUUGUUUCGCUUGCAUUUAUUCCAGCGCGUCGGUCUGAGUACUCCCUUCAAAAGACAUAUUACUUUCCCAUUUCAAGGGUCACUCAAAACCAAGGGGUGGAGUACUUUGUCAGCAAACAAGAUUUUGAUCAGCGGUUUCCACUGGGGAGUCAGUCUAGAGAGAAUCUUGAACAGCAUGUUUUGAAGGACUAUAAGAGUUUACUUGGAAGAUAUUGCCAUGUGGAACUCCAACGGCGCCAAUGGGCCAAGGACUACCCUACACCUCACUGCGACGAGCUUAGGAGCCUGUCUGAGGCAUGAAAUGUGCAUAUGUGAUUAGUUUGAUCUCCCAUUUUCGUCCAUGGAAGAAUAUCACUCAUAUUUGCAGGUGCAACAUAGGAAAUUGUUUCGAGCAAAAGGAAGAGCACGGUUUCUCUAGUCCGUCUGGUUGUGAUUUGACAACCAAUAACUGGACAGUAGUGCUGUGUUAUAACAGUAAAAUCAUAUAUGUUUAUAAUUCACAAAAUUAUAUGUGUUUAUGCAAUUGAUACUAUUCGCUUGGUUGAUAAGCCAUGGCUGAAAGUACAUAAGCUCAAGCGAACAUAGCGCCAGAGCAUAAAAGCCUUGUUUACAUGAAGAGAUGGCUGGUGACCAACCGAUUGAAGUGGCGGUGUACGUGGCCAUGGUUCACGUUGUUGCAGAUGCAGCACACCUCACACCUCCGAUGUAGCUACGGAUGCCCGCACUUUACUGUAAAAUUCUUUCAAAGGCAAAUGUAACUGUGGGAUACUUGUGGCACUUUGAUGCUUCUGGUUGUGCUCCGUUAAUCGUUUUUUUAGGAAACACUGGGCUCGUUCCCUACUGUUUAUAUAUACUGAUGACUCCAUCCCAUCAAGAAUGUACUUGUAGCUACAGUGCUAACUCGAACAAUCUUCUCUGACAUUUUUAAAAACAUACUAAUAUGAUAUCGGAUAAGUAUCAUUUGAUUUA